AUGUGUGGCAUAUUCGCGUGCCAUUGUCACCCUGAUGUGAAGCAGUUCAAGCCGACCGCUUUGCGCAUGGCGAAGGCUUUGCGCCAUCGCGGACCCGACUGGAGCGGAAACUUCGUUGCCAACAACACAAUUCUUGCACACGAGCGAUUGAGCAUCGUCGGAGUCGAUUCCGGAGCUCAGCCUCUUGUUAAUGAUGACGAGACCUUGGCGCUGGCAGUCAAUGGCGAGAUAUACAAUCAUCGAAUUCUCAGAAAGGGCCUAAAGACGCCUUACAACUUCAAGACACAUUCAGACUGCGAAGUUGUCAUUCCAUUAUAUAUGGAACACGGCAUCGAUGCGCCCAAGUAUCUCGAUGGCAUGUUUUCAUGGGUCCUCUUUGACAAGAAAGAGAACCGCGUGGUGGCUGCCAGAGACCCGAUUGGAAUCACAAGCUUCUACCAGGGAUGGUCCUCAAAGACCCCCGGUGCAGUCUACUUUGCCUCCGAGCUCAAGUCACUCCAUCCCGUCUGUGAUAAGAUCAUCUCCUUCCCUCCCGGUCAUGUCUAUGAUUCCAAGACCGAUAAGAUGACCCGGUACUUCCAGCCCAAAUGGUGGGAUCCAGCCAACGUUCCAUCGGCACCUGUUGACUACAAGUUGAUCCGUGAUGGCCUCGAGAGGGCCGUAAGGAAACGACUGAUGGCAGAAGUCCCGUAUGGAGUGCUACUCUCGGGAGGCCUCGAUUCUAGCCUGGUCGCCUCGAUUGCCCAGCGUGAGACGUUGAGGAUGCAAGCUGCCCAAAAGGACCUGCAGAACAACGCUCAGGCCCAAGGAAACGGUGAGGCUGGCCUGGUUGGAAUUGAUGACUCCAACGAGAUUUCCACCAUCAGCACUAUCCCACAGCUGAACUCGUUCUCCAUCGGCCUUCCCAACGCGCCAGACACGAAGGCCGCCAUCGAGGUCGCCGAGUUCCUCGGAACCAAGCAUCAUGCCCUCACCUUCACCAUCGAGGACGGCCUCAACGCCCUGUCUGAUGUCAUCUACCACCUAGAGUCAUACGACGUGACCACCAUCCGCGCCUCGACGCCCAUGUACCUCCUAAGCAGGAAAAUCAAGGGCCUGGGCGUAAAGAUGGUUCUCAGCGGAGAAGGCAGUGAUGAGAUAUUCGGCGGCUACCUCUACUUCCACGCUGCCCCUGACAAGGCCGCGUUCCAUACCGAAACCGUCCGACGAGUCAAGAACCUCCAUCUUGCCGACUGUCUGCGUGCAAACAAGUCUACGUCCGCCUGGGGUGUCGAGGCCCGCGUUCCGUUCCUGGACAAGCAGUUCCUGGAAGACUCCAUGGGCGUCGACCCGGCCGAGAAGAUGAUCAACAAGGAGAGGAUCGAGAAGUACAUCCUGCGAAAGGCAUUCGAUACCACCGACGAGCCAGAGACGAAGCCAUAUCUUCCUCAGAAGUACUUGUGGCGUCAGAAGGAGCAGUUCAGUGAUGGCGUUGGGUACGGGUGGAUUGAUGCGUUGAAGGAUAACGCCGAGCUCCAUGUCACGGAUGAGAUGAUGAAGAACCCCAAGCCUGAAUGGGGUGACGAUAUCCCUGACUCCAAGGAAGCAUACUGGUACCGUAUGAUGUUCGACGAGCACUUCCCGCAGUACUGCGCAUCCACCGUCAUGCGAUGGACUCCAACAUGGUCCAAACAGUCUGAUCCCAGUGGACGGGCCAUUGCUACCCACGUUGCAAAGUACGAGUAA